AUGAGUGAAAUGAAUAGUUGUUUAUCAACAGCCAAGGUGAAGGACACAACAACACUAACUGAAGAUGAAUUGAGCGCUUCAGAAUUCCUCAGUGGUUUAAGCGAUUUCCCACAAACGAUAUAUGACGAUGAAGAAACAGUUGACUCGAUAUUAGAAAAUUACGAACCGAAUCAAAAUUCGAUUCCAAUUCGUGAUGUUCAAGAUGCGAUACGAAUUAUGAAUUCAUAUGCACAUAAUUAUUCAAUAUUAAAUCAAGCAGAUUCAAAUAAUGAUCAAUUUAUUGAUGUAAACGAGGCUUUCGUUUUUAUCAACCAGUAUGAUAAGGUAACUACAAACAAGAAACGAGGUUUGCGUUUGAAUCCUGCCGACGUACCACGCUUUGUCGGGUACCAGUGUUACCUAACAGAGCAAGAAAUGAGAGUAAAACGGCAUAGUGAGUUGUUGCUCAAUUCGGAGCGUUGA